ACAAGCAAGGUGGUUGUUUACGGGUUGAUAAAAGUUGUAAACACGGAAGUGGGUUAAUUAAUUUGUCUACUGACGCAGUCCAGACAAAAUACAGGAUUGGACAUAAACAAGAAACAUUAUACUAUGCCCUUGUAAGGAUCAUAACAGGCGUGCGGACCAAUGGCAGACCAAGAGCAGGACAUUGUACAAGAAUUUUCCGUGACCAAGUUAUCAGGACAGCGCGUGGUACUUAAGAUUGAUGUUAAAAGCGACAGCUUCAAAUACAUGAGGAAAGGAGAGGUGAAACACACGUGUAGGAUAAAAGAUUUGAAUGCCACGCUGAAGGAUGGUUUACAAAUUGAAAUUAGGAUUGGUACUCUAAAGAAAAUAUUAUCAGCUGAAAACGAGUUGAUAAGGGAGGAAAUAUUAAAAACCAUCCAGGCGGCUGUAGAGGAACAAACGCCAAAACAGGGGUACCCACUGAGGGAGGGAUCUCGUGUCAUAAAAGAAGGUUUCUUGAUGAAAAAAGGAAAUGCUGUCAUUGAAAAAUGGGCCAGGAGAAAAGUCAUCAUUAAGCAAGGAGUUUUGUUCUACUACCCUGAAAAUUCAGAGAAAAGAGUGGACCUUUCCCCUGUUGUAGAAUGUCACGUGGAUGCUGUAGGAUCAGAUAAGUUCAACGUCACUGUACCAGGUAGAACCUACAGUUUUCAGAUUCCCGACUCAGUACGAGACAAACACGAAGAACAAUCUGAAUGGAUAAGAUGCAUUAGAAUCGCCAUAUCUGACAGUUCUUCUGAAGGUCAAAAGAUUAGAAAAGGAAGUCGAAAAGUAUUGCCAGACAGAGAUUCCCGUAGUAGCGUUAAACGGAGAUCGGUACCAAGAUCACCGAUACUGAAACAAGGCUACCUAGACAAACAAGGCAACGCAACUGUCAAAGUCUGGAAUGUGCGGUUUGUCAAAGUGGAGCCAGGAAAAUUAUCCUAUGCACUUCCAGAAAAAGUAGAAAAUGCCUUAAAUGUGAUAUAUCUUCAUGAAAGUAAUGCUUGUGUCAUUUCCACUAAAAAUUAUGGGUUUGAUGUCAAGGUGCCGAACAGAGUUUAUCAUUUUAGGCUACUUGAAAAUACAGAAAACAGAGAUGAAGAGUUUUCAGCCUGGAUGGAAGCACUCAACAAAGCCUGUAGCAUGAAGCGUUCUUCUGAGCUGCUGGAAGAUUUAGGCAUUGGAGACGGGUUCCAGGAGAUUGAUUUAUCAAAACCGGAUGUUGGGGGAGAUAUAGAAAACCAUAUUGAUGAUAGUAAUAGACUAACUGUUAUGGUUCCUCCGGGAGAACAGUUAAAUGUGAUAAAAAAGCCAACAAGACCAGGAGUCAAGAAACCUACACGACAAAAUCUACGGAAGGACAGCGAGGAUGAGCCAUCAUAGCUAUAAAGGAUAUUACUCUGUGUUCUGUGAUAUAGGAUUAUUAUUGUUUUAUUAUAUCUGUGUUGUUAAUCGCCUUGUCAGCAUAAUACUAACAAAAAGUAUUAUUUUAAAUCUAAUACAGCAAUCAGUAUUUUUUAUUUUAAGUAUAAAAUUACUGGAAUUUUUAUA